UGGCAAACAAGUCCGCCUCCCAUAACAACCCCACAUAGCCCACUUCUCACAUGGUUUUGCCUUGCAUGUCUGCCUGAUUUGUGAAAGUGUCCAUUAUGGAAUUUUUUCUGGUCUUCUGUAUAUAUAAUGCGUUCACUUCCAUUUCCUUGUAUCCAUCAAAAGAUUAACAUUUCCAUAUUCUAAGAUCUAAACAUCCCCUUCCUUAGUAUAAUCAGUUUCAAGAUGAUCAGUGCUAAGAAGCUCAUCAAAUUGGCAAGAAAAUGGCAGAAACUGGCUGCCAUUAGGAGAAAAAGGAUUGAAUUUCCAGGAACUGUUAGUGGUAAAGAUUCAGAAGAUUGCAGCACAUCAUCAACAGCAGAGAAGGGCCACUUUGUUGUGUACGCUACUGAUAAUAAACGCUUUGUGCUUCCCUUGGAUUACCUUAACAAUGAAAUUGUUAGAGAGAUAUUCAAUCUAGCAGAAGAAGAGUACGGAUUAACAGGCAAUGCACCUCUCACAUUACCAUGUGAUGCUGUCAUCAUGGAAUACACAAUCACCUUGAUCCAGCAGAAUGUGGCAAAAGAUGUAGAGAAAGCAUUGCUGAUGACCAUAGCCAGCAGUCAAUGCUCAUCAUCUCUGUAUCUUCGUCAUGAAGCUAAUCAACAAUUGCCAGUUUGUAGCUUCUGAAAUACAUUUUAAUGUUAGUAUACACUUCAAUACAUUAAUGAAAUUCAAGAUCUUUUGUCA